AUUUUAGAUGGUUUAGUUCUGUGGUUUAGUUGUCAAAGAGAGUUUGUUAUGUUUUGGUUUUAUUAAUUAUCAAAAUGAACCGAUUUAAAUAUGCUAGUCCCCUUUUAAUAGACAACGAAAAUACUCUUUUAUGUGAAAAUAAUGUAAGGUUGUACGACGGUGAAGUAAAAACAAAUUUUGAAGGUGGCGAACUAAUUAUCACAACGCAUAGAAUAUUGUGGGGACGUCCAGGUGCUAUCGCCAGAGGUGAAACAUGCUUAGCGCUUAUGCACGAACUAAUUGUAUAUAUAGAAGAAGAAACACCUAGCGCAUUCAGUUUUAAGCGGUCUAGAAAGAUUCUGAUUCAUUUAUCAGAACAUAAUGACAACGAUGCAAGCAAACCUAUCUCUUAUAGUAUGUACAAUUUUGUUAAAUUGUCAUUUAGAGAUGGUUAUAGUAACAACGUUUUGGGAACAUUAAGUCAGUGUCUUCAAGUUAGAUAUUGGGAAGCUAAACUGCUACCACAAAUUCAAGAUAAUGCACCUCAAAUUAAACUAAGAACUGGAAUAAUAGGCAUUGAGAGGAGUUUACAAGAGAAACAGAAGGCUGCUGAUGAAAAUCUUAAUACUGCAUUCCAAGAUUUAAGUAAGCUUAUGAGCAUGGCAAAAGAUAUGGUCAAAUUGGCAAAUGCUAUUUCAACUAAAAUAAAGGAUAAGCAAGGUGAUAUUACAGAAGAUGAAACAAUUAGGUUUAAAUCAUACCUCAUGAGUUUGGGUAUUGACGACCCUGUAACUAGAGAUGGCUACAAGUCAAGCAAUCAGUAUUAUAAAGGUGUUGCGAAAGAACUAUCAGAUUUUUUAUAUAAGUAUAUCGAGGAUAUGGGUGGUAUGAUGACUCUGACAGAUGUUUAUUGUAGGAUAAACAGAGCACGAGGCUUAGAGUUAUUAUCCCCUGAAGAUAUAUUAAGUGCAUGUAAAUUGAUGGAGUCUUUACAAUUACCAUUGAAGUUAUUUGAAUUUAGUUCAGGUGUUAAAGUCUUACAACUGAGUUCAUUAGACAGUGAAAGCAUUGCCAAUGCUACCAGUUUAUUGAUUGAAGACGAUGGAUCAAUUUCGGCUGAGGAACUUGGCAAAAAAUUAGGAAUUUCUAUAACAUUAGCUAAAGAGAGGCUCCUAACGGCUGAAAAAUAUGGCAAAUGUUGUAGGGAUGACUCGAUAGAAGGUUUAAGGUUUUAUUCAAAUUUAUUUCUAACCAAAGAAGAGUAAAAAUUAAGCAAGAAUAAUUUUGUUUUAAAUUAAUAUAUUUAUUUACAUAAAGUUUUUGUAACAAAGCCAAUUACUUUUGUUGUAUAUAUUUAUAAGUAUUAUUAUUAACAUAG